GCAGCGCGGGCGGGGCGAGGGCGGAGCGCGGCCCCGCCAUGUCCAGGCACGUGUUUCUCACAGGACCCCCAGGAGUUGGAAAGACUACUUUGAUCCAGAAAGUCACUCAAGCUCUAAAAUCCUCAGGCAUUCCCAUUGAUGGAUUUUACACAGAGGAAGUUAGAGAAGGUGGCAGGAGAACAGGAUUUGAUGUUGUCACUUUGUCUGGAAACCGAGGACCUUUAUCUAGAGUCAGUUCUAAUUCUACUUCAAGAUGUGAAUACCGGGUUGGACAGUAUGUUGUAGACCUUGUUUCCUUUGAGGGGUUGGUUCUACCUAUGCUGAGAAAUGUAAACCACGGCAGUGAUACAGAGAGAAGAAUUUGUGUCAUUGAUGAGAUUGGUAAAAUGGAACUCUUCAGCCAGGCUUUUAUUCAAGCUGUUCGUCAAACGCUGGCUGGCUCAGGGACUGUGGUGCUUGGAACUAUUCCAAUACCUAAGGGAAAGCCACUGGAUCUUGUUGAAGAAAUAAGAAGUAGGAAAGAUGUUAAAGUGUUCAAUGUUAGUAAGGAAAACAGAAACAGCAUUUUGCAAGACAUCUUGGCAGCUGUGGAAUCCUGCAGAAAAUGAAGACCUUUUCUUUCUUGUAAACACUAAAGCUUUUAUUUCAACAAAACAUUUUGCGGAUGUUUUAGAGUCUGUCUUUCCUGCUUUAGGCCCUGGAGGCUUUACUGGAGCCUUCAGGGUAGCAAGGAUUUACAAGAACCUGAGAUGAAGUGGCACUGUGUGUUUUUUAGGAUAUCUUCCAACCCUACCCAUGCGAAGGCCAUUAGCUGAAGAGCAUCUGCCCUGUAGUAUUCUUGUGUAGAAGUUAGAAAAAUAAACAUUUGAAGGUUGCUUAUUACAUUUGAAAGAA